AUGGAAAAAGAAAAGAGUAAUUUUAAUUUGAAUGGAAUUUUGAAUUUUCCAAAAAAACCAAAGCGUACAGAUUCUGGUAGUAGUGUUUCAGUCACAAGAGAAGAUACAAACUUAGUUUCUGAUCACAACCGAAAUAAUUUAAGAAAUCAAAACGAUAACCAAGCGAGUCAUUAUACAUUUUAUAACUACUCCAAAAAAAUCCUUACUAUAUUAAAUUACCUUUUUUGUAUACUUGGAAUAAUUUGUGCUUGGGGAGCAAUAGAUACGAUAAUUAAGAUAAUCGCAAAGGAAAACCUUUAUGUUUCUUUGGCUUGUUACAGUUUCAUAAUUAUAGUGAGUCUUAUAAUAAUAUUGUUAUAUAUCAAACUUAUUGAUAAAGAUUACACACCAUAUGAUUUUUUUUAA